AUGCCGAAAAACGCGCGGGUGACACUUUGCCACGGACCUUAUGAAUCCAAUGGAGUCGUAGAUCACAGGUGCUUCCGCCUGCAGGGCCUCCAGGCCGUUCUGAGAGCGCGCGGGCAUCAGUGCGUCUUGGAAGAAACGCGCGAGUGGAACAUGGUGGAGCUCGUGGUCAACGGGCAGGUCAUCUUCACCUGUUACAUGAAGCAGCUUGAGUUUGGUGGAGAUGGAAAACUGGACCCCGUUUGCAAAGCGGCUGUUUCUGCUGUGGAGAACGCUUACUGAAACAGACACCUGCUCCUGAGCUAUUCAAUAAAAAUAACCUCCAUGUA